GAGCACCCGGGGCCAGCCGGAGCUUCGGCAGCGGCUGCUGCGGCAGCUGCGGCGGCAUCGGAGGGACAGGAGGAGGAGGGGCGGCCGGAGCGCGGAGGCAGCGGCCCGGGCCGGGCAGGCGCAGGCCCACACGUUCCCCGAUGGCCCACAUGCCGGGAGGCCCUGGGGAAGUGGACAACAUGGAGGGGCCCCCUUCCAUCAAUAACAACCCCAACCGAUGGGAGAGCCCCGAGCGGGGCUGGGACCGGGAGCCCACGGCGGCCCCACCAGCUUCCGGGUCAGCCAAUGCAGCUGCCUCACUCUUCGAGUGUUCCCGGAUCAAGGCCUUGGCAGAUGAGCGGGAGGCGGUGCAGAAGAAGACGUUCACCAAGUGGGUGAAUUCCCACCUGGGCCGCGUGGGCUGCCGCAUCAGUGACCUGUACGGAGACCUGCGUGACGGUUAUGUGCUCACCCGCCUGCUGGAGGUGCUGUCAGGGGAGCAGCUGCCACGGCCUACACGGGGCCGGAUGAGGAUCCACUCCCUGGAGAACGUGGACAAGGCGUUGCAGUUCCUGAAGGAGCAGCGCGUGCACCUGGAGAAUGUGGGCUCCCAUGACAUCGUAGAUGGGAACCACCGGCUCACCCUGGGGCUGGUCUGGACCAUCAUUCUUCGCUUCCAGAUUCAGGUCAUCAAGAUUGAGACGGAGGACAAUCAGGAAACACGAUCAGCCAAAGAUGCCCUGCUGCUCUGGUGUCAGAUGAAAACAGCGGGUUACCCUGAGGUGAACAUUCAGAAUUUCACUACUAGCUGGAGGGAUGGCCUGGCCUUCAAUGCUCUCAUCCAUCGACACAGGCCAGACCUAGUGGACUUCAGCAAACUCACCAAAUCCAAUGCUACCUACAACUUACAGCGGGCGUUUCACACUGCUGAGCAGCAGCUGGGCCUAGCCCGUCUACUCGACCCAGAAGAUGUGAACAUGGAAGCUCCAGAUGAGAAAUCCAUCAUCACCUAUGUGGUCUCCUACUAUCACUACUUCUCCAAGAUGAAGGCCCUGGCAGUUGAGGGAAAGCGGAUAGGGAAGGUGCUGGACCAGGUGAUAGAGAUCGGGAAGAUCAUGGAGCGUUACGAGGAGCUGGCUUCGGAGCUCCUGGCCUGGAUCGAAAGAACUGUGGCUCUCAUCAGCAACCAGAGGUUUGCCAACUCUCUCAGCGGCGUCCAGCAGCAGCUACAGGCUUUCACGGCCUAUUGCACCCUGGAGAAGCCCAUCAAGUUCCAAGAGAAAGGGAACCUGGAAGUUCUGCUCUUCAGUAUUCAGAGCAAACUCAGGGCCACCAACCGGCGUCUCUACGUCCCCAGAGAGGGCUGUAGCAUCUCAGACAUCAACAAGGCAUGGACCCGACUAGAAAAGGCGGAGCAUGAGCGGGAGGUUGCUCUUCGAGGAGAGCUCAUCCGGCAGGAGAAACUAGAGCUUCUGGCUCAGAGGUUUGACCAUAAGGCGGCCAUGAGGGAGAGCUGGCUUAGUGAGAACCAGCGCCUCGUGUCCCAGGACAACUUUGGGUAUGACUUGCCGGCGGUGGAGGCGGCCAUGAAGAAGCACGAAGCUAUCGAAGCUGACAUCUCGUCCUACGAGGAGAGGAUCCAGGCGGUGGCUGACCUGGCCCAGGCUCUGGCCGGGGAGGGCUACUACGACGCACGGCGCGUUGCUGCCCAGCGCGACAGUGUCCUGCGCCAAUGGGAGCUGCUGACGGGGCUCGUGGGAGCCCGCAGGACUCGGCUUGAGCAGAAUCUGGCCUUACAGAAAGUCUUCCAGGAGAUGGUCUAUAUGGUGGACUGGAUGGAGGAGAUGCAGGCCCAGCUGCUAUCCAAAGAGUGUGGCCAGCAUCUCCUGGAGGUGGAAGACCUGCUGCAGAAACACGGCCUGCUGGAGGGGGACAUCACGGCCCAGAGCGAGCGCGUGGAGGCGCUCAACGCCACGGCCCUGAGAUUCUCCCAGCUACAGGGUUACCAACCCUGUGACCCCCAGAUCAUCCGAAACCGAGUGAGCCACGUGCACGGUUGCCUGGCGGAGCUGCAGGAGCUGGCGGGCAGGCGGCGGGCGGAGCUCGAGGCCUCCCGGACUCUGUGGGCGCUGCUGCAGGAGCUGGAGGAGGCGGAGGCCUGGGCCCGGGAGAAGGAGCACCUCCUGGAGAGCAGGGCCGGCGGCGGUGCGGGUGCCCACGACCUCCCGAGCGCGGCCCGCCUCCUGGCGCAGCACCGGAUCCUGCAGGGGGAGCUGGGGGGGCGGCGGGCCCUGCUGCAGCAGACCCUGCAGCGGGGCGAGGAGCUGACGGCCGCCGCCGGCGGGGAGGCCGCAGCCUUGGGGCUGCUGGAGCGCGCGGCGGGAGCGCGGCGGCGCUGGCAGCGGCUGGAGGAGGCGGCGGCCCGGCGCGAGAGGCGGCUGCAGGAGGCGCGGGCGCUCCAUCAGUUUGGGACCGAGCUGGACGGGCUCUUGGCCUGGCUCCGCGAUGCCUACCGACUGGCGGCCAGCGGGGACUUCGGGCACGACGAGGCGUCGAGCCGCCGGCUGGCGCGGCAGCACAGGGCUCUGUCUGGGGAAGUGGAGGCCCACCGGGGCGUGGUGGCGGGCCUGCGGCGCCAGCUGGCCGGCCUGGGCGGGACGGGGCGCGAGGCGGCGGCCGGGGCGGCGGCGGGGGGCGUCAUGGCGCUGCAGGUGCGCGUGGUGGAGGUGGAGCAGCUCUUCGCCGAGGUGGCGGAGGUGGCGGGCCUGCGGCGUCAGUGGCUGCGGGACGCCCUGGCCGUGUACCGCAUGUUCAGCGAGGUCCACGCCUGUGAGCUCUGGAUCGGGGAGAAGGAGAAGUGGCUGCUCGCCAUGCGUGUCCCUGACGACCUGGACGAGGUGGAGGUCGUCCAGCACAGGUUUGAGAGCCUGGACCAGGAAAUGAACAGUCUGAUGGGCCGCGUGCUCGACGUGAACCACACGGUCCAGCAGCUGGUGGAAGGCGGGCACCCCAGUUCCGAGGAGGUGCGCUCUUGCCAAGACCACCUCAACAGCAGGUGGAACAGCAUCGUAGAACUCGUGGAACAGCGGAAGGAGGAGGUGAACCUGGUUCUCUCUGUCCAGAAUCAUCUGCUGGAGUGUGCCGAGGUGAAGAGCCAGGUCCGAGAGCGCCGGCUGGCCGUGGAGAGCGCGCCCCGGGCCGGAGGGGUCCUCCAACGGCUCCUCAGCUCCCUGGAAGCUACUCUCCUGGCGCUGGAGCCCAGGCUGCAGGCCCUGAGAGAGGAGGGGGAGGCCCUAGCUGCCCGGUACCCAGCCCAAGCCCCCCGGCUGCAGCCCGAGAUAGAGGAACUGGACACGGAGUGGGCGGCCCUGGGCCACGCGGCUCGGAACUGCGGGGAGGCGCUGGCCACCGCCAGCCGGCUCCAGGGCUUCCUGCACGACCUGGACGCCUUCCUUGACUGGCUGGUGCACGCCCAGGAGUCGGCAAGUGGCGGGGGCCAGCUGCCAGGCUGCCUGGAGGAGGCCGAUAGCUUGCUGAGCCAGCACGCCGCCCUCAAGGAAGAGAUGGACCGGCGGGAGGAAGACUUCGGGAGGAUCCAGGCCGCCGGGGACGCUCUGGCGGCCGAUGGGGCCGAGCUGGGGCCCGAGCUGGCCCUGGAGGACUGGCUGCCCCACUUGGAACUGGGCUGGCAGAAGCUGCUGAGUCUGUGGGAAGCUCGCAGGGAAGCGCUGGCCCAAGCCCACGUCUACCAGCUCUUCCUCCGAGACGUGCGCCAGGCUCACACCGUCCUCCACAACCAGGAGACAGUGCUGUCAGGCCUGGAGAUACCGGGAACAGUGGAGACAGUAGUGGAAGCUAUCAAGUGUCACCGGGAUUUCCUGACCACCCUGGAACUGAACCUGCAGAAGAUCCAGCUGGCCGCGCAAGCUGGAGACAUCUUGCGUAGGCAGGGAAAUGCCUAUGCAGAGAAAGCCCAGGAGCAUGGGGCACAGCUGCUACAAAAGAGCCAAGAAACUCAGCUUCGAGCCCAGCAGUGGAUGCAGUGUCUCUAUGACCACCUGGAGCUGCAGCAUUUCCUAAGAGACUGUCAGGAGCUGGAUGGCUGGAUUCAUGAAAAGAUGCUGAUGGCUCGGGACAGCACUCGGGAGGAAGGCCACAAACUCAGGAAGCGAUGGCUCCGGCACCAGGCCUUCAUGGCCGAGCUGGCCCAGAAUAAGGAAUGGCUGGAGAAGAUUGAGAAGGAGGGCCAGCAGCUGAUGCAGGAGAAGCCCGAACUGGCCAGCUCUGUCCAGAAGAAACUGGGGGAGAUCCGGCAGUGCUGGGCUGAGCUGGAGAGCACCACCCAGGCCAAGGCCCGGCAGCUGUUCGAGGCCAGUCAGGCCGACCAACUGGUCCAGAGCUUUGCUGAGCUGGACAAGCGGCUCAUGCACAUGGAGAGCCAGCUGCAGGGCGUGGACCCUGGGGGAGACCUGGCCACUGUCACCAGCCAGCUGAAGAGGCUGCAGGUAGGUCAGACCAAGCAGGCUGACAUGGAGGGACUGGAAAGGAUGACUGGGGCGGCGAGAGGUGACCUUUCUCAGUCCAAAGGGGUUUCCUUCCUCCUUCGCUCCCCCAGUUCCAGCCUGAGGAGCUGUGUGGCCUCCGGCUUCCCCCUUGAUGGCAUCAUGUCCUGCCGCGUGUCUUUUUGUGUCCCUGUGUCUGUGCGGCACUGGAUGGAGCGCCGCCAGCUUCUCUUACCUCUGUGUGCCUUACAUCCUUUGUGCCUCCGGGCUGGUGGCGGCCCCCUCUAUGCUGCUGAUGCAGCCUCUCUCCCUGUCCCUCUUUCUGACCAUGGAGGAGGUGGAGGAGGGGGGGAAGGGGGGAGCUGGGGCAGACGGGCGGCCCUGUUUGGAGCCCGCGCCAGCAAGGAGCUGGUGGGGGAGCGGCAGACGGCGGUGGGCACGCGCAUCGUGCGCCUCAUCGAGCCCUUGAAGGAAAGGCGGCGCCUCCUGCUGGCCUCCAAGGAGCUGCACCAAGUAGCCCACGACCUGGAGGACGAGAUCGCGUGGGUCCAGGAGCGGUUGCCCUUGGCGACUCAGACGGACAAGGGGAACAGCUUGCAGUCUGUGCAGCAGCUCAUCAAGAAAAACCAGAGCCUCCGUCGGGAGAUCCAGGGUCACCGAGGCCGGGUGGAGGAGGUGCUGGAACGGGCCGGGGCACUGGCCUCCCUGCGCAGCCCGGAGGCCGAGGUGGUGAGCCAGAGCCUGGAGCGCCUGCAGGGCCUGUGGAGCUCCCUGCAGGAGGAGGCUGAGCGGAGGCAGCAGGUGCUGGACGCUGCCUUCCAGGUGGAGCAGUACUACUUCGACAUGUCGGAGGUGGAGGCCUGGUUGGGGGAGCAGGAGGUGCUACUGAUGAGCGAGGAGACAGGCAAGGAUGAGCAGAGCACCCUUCAGCUCCUGAAGAAGCACUUGCUGCUGGAACAAAGCAUUGAGAAUUACGAGGAGAGCAUCGCCCAGCUGUCCCGCCAGUGUCGUUCCCUGCUGGAGAUGGGGCAUCCGGACAGUGAGCAGAUCAGCCGCCGGCAGUCGCAGGUGGACCGCCUGUACGUGGCCCUGAAGGAGCUGGGGGAGGAACGUCGGGCGCGGCUGGAGCAGCAGUACUGGCUGUAUCAGCUCAGCCGCCAGGUGGACGAGCUGGAGCACUGGAUCGCGGAGAAGGAGGUGGUGGCCGGCUCCCCCGAGCUGGGCCAGGACUUCGAGCACGUCACGGUCCUGCAAGAGAAGUUCACCGAGUUCGCCAGCGAGACGGGCAACGCCGGGCGGGAGAGGCUGGCCGCCGUCAAUCAGAUGGUGGACGAGCUGAUCGAGUGCGGCCACACGGCGGCCGCCACCAUGGCCGAAUGGAAGGACGGGCUCAACGAGGCCUGGGCCGAGCUGCUGGAGCUCAUGGGCACGCGUGCCCAGCUGCUGGCCGCCUCUCGCGAGCUGCACAAGUUCUUCAGCGACGCCCGCGAGCUGCAGAGCCAGAUCGAGGAGAAGCGCAGGCGGCUGCCCCGCCUGACGGCCCCUCCGGAGCCGAGGUCCAACGCGGGCAGCGUGCAGCGGGCGCUGAGGGCCUUCGAGCACGACCUGCAGCUGCUUGUGUCCCAGGUACGGCAGCUCCAGGAGGGGGCAGCCCAGCUGCGGACCGUGUAUGCGGGGGAGCACGCGGAGGCCAUCGCGGGGAGGGAGCAGGAGGUUCUGCAAGGCUGGCGGGAGCUCCUGGCUGCCUGCGAGGAUGCCAGGCUACACGUCAGCUCCACGGCGGAUGCCCUCCGUUUUCACAGUCAGGCCCGAGAGCUGCUGACUUGGAUGGAAGGCAUCGUGGGCCAGAUCGGGGCCACUGACAAACCCAGAGAUGUGUCAUCGGUGGAGGUGCUAAUGAACUAUCACCAAGGCCUGAAGAGUGAAAUUGAGGCCCGGGGCCCAGAGCUGGCCUCCUGCCUGGAGCUGGGCCGUUCCCUGUUGCUUAGCAAGAGCCCUAUGGCCGAUGAGAUCCAGGCCCAGCUGGACAAAUUAGUGUCGAGGAAGGAGGCAAUGACGGAUAAGUGGGACCAGCACUGGGAGUGGCUGCAGCAGAUGCUGGAGGUACACCAGUUUGCGCAGGAGGCCGUGGUGGCCGACGCCUGGCUAAAUGCUCAGGAGCCUCUGCUGCAGAGCCGGGAGCUGGGCAGCAGCGUGGACGAGGUGGAGCAGCUGAUCCGGCGGCACGAGGCCUUCCGCAAGGCGGCGGCGGCCUGGGAAGAGCGCUUCAGCUCCCUCCGACGCCUCACCACGAUCGAGAAGCUGAAGGCUGAGCAGAGCAAGCAGCCUCCCACGCCCCUUUUGGGCCGCAAGAUCUUCGGGGAUCCCACGGAGCUGGCGGCCAAGGCGGCGCCCCUGCUGCGGCCCGGGUCCUAUGAGCGAGCCCUGGAUCCGCUGGGCAGGAGGAGCCCGGAGCCCCUGGCCCUCCCCAGCCGACUGGACUCGGCCCUGGCUGAAGGCCGAGCCAGGGUGGGCUACGUGCGGCAGGAACUGAAGCCGGAGAGGUUACAGCCGAGGCUCGACCGGCUCUACGAGAGCCCAGGGGAAGUCCUGUCUGGCCUCGCCGUCGGGGCGGCGGCCGCGGCCGGGGCGGCGGUGGAGGAGGCCAUUGCGCCGCGGCGGGAGAGGCUCGAGGCCCGGGGGGCGGCCCCGGUGGAGGUCACGGUGGAGCGCGGCCGCCCCGAGCGCCAAGUGUCCAGCGAGCUGGAGGUGGGCCGCGUGGAGGAGCUGCCUCGGCGGAGGGCGGACAGGCACCCGGAAAGGCAAGAGGCCGUGGAACACGAGCCCAAGCCGGCCGCCAGCCUUACUCUGGGCCGCUACGAGCAGCAGGAGAGGCGGAGGGAACGCCGAGAGAGGAGGCUGGAGCGCCAGGAGUCCAGUGAGCAGGAGACGCCCCGAACGGACCCUGCCCGCGGGAAGGCCACUCUGGCGGAUAUCGUGGAGCAGCUCCAGGAGAAGGAGUCAAGCACGGGGCCUGCGGCCAACAUCCCUGUCACUGCCACUGCGGGGCCCUCGCUCCCCCAAUCCCGGGAACUCCCAGCCUCGUUCCCCGAGAGGAUGCCCCGGCCCGACCGGCCCCGUGCCCGCGACCGGCCCAAGCCCCGACGGCGGCCUCGGCCGCGGGACCCCAGCGGCGAAGGCGGCGGGGCGGGGAGGAGGUCUCGCUCGGCCCCAGCCCAGGGCACCAGCGCCCCGCCCCCUCCGCCGCCCAGCCACACGGUCCAGAGAGAGGGCUUCUUGCUUCGCAAGAGAGAGCUGGAGGGGCCCAACCGCAAGGCGUCCAACAGGUCGUGGAUGAAUUUGUACUGUGUGAUCAACAAAGGUGACCUGGGCUUCUACAAAGACGCCAAGGGCCCGUCAUCGGGCGGCACUCAUGGAGGAGAGCCCCUGCUCAGCCUGCACAAUGCCAUCUGUGAGGUGGCCAGUGACUACAAAAAGAAAAAGAAUGUUUUCAAACUCAAGACCCACGAUGGCAGUGAAUUCCUUCUCCAAGCCAAAGAUGAGGAGGAAAUGAAGGGCUGGCUGCAGGCCGUGGAGGGCUCGGUGGCGGAGCACGCGGAGAUCUCCCGCUGGAGCCAGACGCUGCCCACCACUUCUUCCACCGACGAGGCUAACCCGAGGCCGGAGGGCCCCCCCAGAGCGAGCGGCGGAAGGUCCUUGGGCCGGAGGAGGGGGCGGGAGGACCCUCCGACGAGUGAAGCGAUCGAGCCACCUCAGCCCCGCGUCUUUUCCGGGGACAGGGAGCACAAAGCUGUCAGGAGAUCGGGGUGGGUGGAGGAGGCCCGGGGGGGGCAGGAGGGUGCCCUCCUGGGACCCGGCGCCCCUUGGGGCGACCAGCCCAGGGUGCUGGGGAUGCGGGGUCCUCCCGCCUACUCACUUCCAAAGCUGCCUUGUUCUGCCUACGGGCCGGUUCCCCCAUGGAUGAAGGACAAUGACCUGCUAGUGAGUGAGCUGUACCGGGACCCAGCCCAGGAUGGCGUCACGGCCCUGAGCGUCUAUCUCACCCCCAAGACCAGUGACAGCGGUAACUGGCUGGAGAUCGCCUACGGCACCAGCUCAGGGGGCGUCCGUGUCAUCGUGCAGCACCCAGAGACGGUGGGCUCGGGGCCCCAGCUUUUCCAGACCUUCACUGUGCACCGCAGCCCUGUCACCAAGAUCAUGCUGUCGGAGAAGCACCUCAUCCGGUCUGUGCCGACAACAACCACGGGGAGGCGGUGA